UGAAUGGAAGACGCCCAGAUUCAACAACAACAAACACGAAGGACUCGAGGAGGAGGAAGGACCCCAAGUUCCUUAUUUUUUUCAGAAAUUAAUCUUUCCAGCGGAUAGGAUCCUUCGUCAGCAUACCAGCCGCUAAUAUCCUUCAAGCUGCCAGGUUGAGGGUGGUAAUUAAUCAAGCAGAGAAGUUUCUAGGCCUAUGUUAGGUGUGUGGAAUAAGACAGGCAACGGGUCUCUUUAUUUUUGACGGAUGUGAAGCAAACUGUAGCUCAAAAGCAUGUAAUAUGACCCGCUAAUGGAGUUUGACGAUUACAAAAAUUGUAUCGAGAAACAUUAACUCUUAUCAGCAUGGGUCGUAAAAGUGGAAGAAAUGAGCAUUCUGCACAGAAGGAUAUUCGAGCAGAAUUGCUCGAACAGGCGUCAUCAUAUUUUGAGGACUUUGUCAUGGAUGUGGAUGACCUCAAAAUACAAUGGGGUAUAUUGUCUGUGUCGGCGAUUCGGGAGCUUGACUUGUCUGAAGACGAACUGGCGGCAAUGCUGAUGUCGCAGCUGGAUUUGCGGGACACAUUCAUUGAGUCGUUAGAAUCAAAAUUACUUGGAAUCGUUGCCAAAGGUCGUUCUCUUGAAGACCAAAUUAGAUAUCUUUUAGAUAAGGCUGGAGCUCAGGAGGAAAAGUACAACGAGAAGUCAAAAUUUGACGGUUGUGAAGAACAGAUAAAAUCAGGUGACAGUGGUGAAAGGAAAGUUAAAAGUGAAAAAGACACUGACGUGAACCAUGAUAAAUAUCGUUACUCUUCUGAAAAAGAAAGAGAUGAUGCAAAUCUUGAGAAAAGUAAAACGGAAAAGAAAGGUGACGAUGGUAAAGAUAAAAUCAGAGCCUUGGUGGCCAUGGCUUUUGAAGCGCAUGGAAUUGACCUUCCCGAUGUUCAAGAACAGAGCAUGGAGGAGUCGCAGGAUUCGAGCGAAGAUGAAAAAAUGGGUGAUAGCGGUUGGCGUCCCAAGGAGGGCAAGUCAAUAUCAGAUCAGGUAGAAGCUGCUGCUUCUAAAGUAGUGGUUCAGAGUGGAUACGUAUUCCAUGAAGAACUAGGUCUUUAUUAUGACCAAACAAGUGGUUAUUACUAUAAUGCUGAGAAUGGGUUAUACUAUGACCCUAAGACGGGAACGUAUUUCUUCUAUGACCAUAACACGCAGUCAUACCAGUUUCAUUCUCAAGUUCCUGUGGAAGGAGGGUCAGCCGGAAAUUGCAGUUCAGACAAGCUAGAAAAUGUCAGUGGAGGUCAUGACGCCAUGAAUUCUGGAAACUUUUCCUCCAUGAAUUACCCAGAAAACCAAGGAGAAGUUCCUCCAUCCAUAAGGUUAAUGGUUACAGAGAGUGGAGUGGACAAGGUUAAAGUGGGUGAAACCUCCCAUAUAGUAAACCAGACCAAAAUGAAUGGUGGUAAAGUUGGAAGGAAUCCUGAAAACUUGAUUCAGUUGUUGGACGUCAAUGUUAGUAAGGAACAUGCUGAAUUUGUCUAUAGAUCAGAUAGCCCUGAUGAUCAUCAUUACUUCAUCAAAGAUCUUGGUAGUAUUCAAGGAACUUACAUCAAUGGCACUUGUAUAUGCAUACCAGGGGAACCUAGCGAUGAAAUUGAGGUGGGGCAUGGUUGGGAAAUACAGUUUGGAUCAAUCAAGAUGAAGUGCCACAUUCACCCAGGAUAUUUAAGCUGUAAUGAAUGUGAACCAGGAAUAGUUCGAGCAAGUCAACCACAGCUAAAGGAUGAGUUCCAGAAAGUGAAACCAUCAGUGGAGAAGACUCGAUUGAAAGUUUUGAAAGCCAUGAAGAAAAAGUAUGCAUAUGGGGCUGGCAUGCCGCCACAACUUCCUUCAGAGUAUGAAGACCGUGCUAAGAAAAGGCGAAAGGAAAAAGGUUCAGACAACCCUUACGAAAAAACAGAGGUUGCGUCGACACAAACAGAGUUGAAGGAUACGAACAAAGGGUUUGAAAUGCUGAAGAAAAUGGGAUGGUCAAAAGGUGAUAGCCUUGGGAAGUCUCAAUCUGGCAUCACUGCACCAAUUGAAGCUGCAAGCAAUGUCGGUCGAGGGGGACUUGGCUUUGCCUCUGGGUUACCGCCACAGAUGCCCGUCGACAUCAAGCGAAAGAAGAUCCUCGAUGUCACGGUGCAACGCUUUAAGAAACUGUAAUGUUGACGUGGUUUGUGAUGUUUGUAUGAUUAUCUACAUAAAGUACGUUUUGUCA